GCUCAACAACAAAAGGCUAGAGAAAUUAAGCAGUGCUAAAAUGAAGGCUUUUCAUUUCCUUGUCUUAUUAGCUUUGGCUGUAGCUUUCUCUUUUGCCUCCGCCUUUGACCCUAGCCCUCUCCAGGACUUCUGUGUUGCAAUUCCUGAACCUAAGAAUGCUGUGUUUGUUAAUGGAAAGUUCUGCAAGAACCCAAAUCUUACUGUAGCUGGUGAUUUCUCUAUUUCGGGACUCAAUAUUCCAGCAUUUACUGGAAACCGAGUUGGAUCAAAUGUCACCCUCAUAAACGUUGACAAAAUACCAGGACUUAAUACUCUUGGUAUUUCUCUUGCCCGGUUAGACUUUGCUCCCUAUGGUGGCUUAAACCCUCCCCACACUCACCCUCGUGCCACAGAGAUCCUUGUAGUUGUGGAGGGCACCCUUUAUGUUGGCUUUGUCACAUCCAACCCCAAUCGUUUGUUCACCAAAGUCUUAUACCCAGGAGAUGUUUUUGUAUUUCCAAUUGGUCUCAUCCACUUCCAGUUUAACAUUGCAAAAACGAAUGCAGUUGCCUUUGCUGGUCUAAGCAGCCAAAACCCAGGCGUCAUCACCAUAGCAAAUGCAAUUUUCGGGCCUAAUCCACCCAUUAAUCCUGAUGUUCUAGCUAAGGCCUUCCAAUUGGACAACGCAACGGUUGAAAAACUGCAAAAACUAUUUAACAGUGCAUAAAAAUAACUAUUUGAAAUGAAUGCUGCUCAUUGUUUAAAAAUGAUGUUUAGUUAUGUUUCAUGCAUGUAUUUCCAAUAAUUGAGCAAGCAUAUUAUAGUUAUAGUUAAAUGCAAAUACGUGCAUUUUUGGUGUGUCAAUAAUAAUUCAAUAAAGAGACUUCUGUA